AUGUAUUCUGCUUACAAAUUCAACACCAAUCCUUUAGAGAGUAGUCUAUCAAAAGGGCCAAGGAUUUUUCAUUCACAACCUCACUGGCUUCUACUCCUUUUACCCAUAGAACACGGUAUCUUCUUCUUCUUCUUCUUCUUCUUCUUCUUCUUCUUCUUCUUCUUCUUCUUCUUCUUCUUCUUCUCUCUCUCUCUCUCUCUCUCUCUACCUACCUAUCUAUCCCUUUUUACAAAGGGUCUUUCCCACUCGAAGGGUCUUUCCCACUCGAAGGGUCUUUCCCACUCGAAGAGUCUUUCCACUCGAAGGGUCUUUCCCACUCCAAGGGUCUUUCCUACUCCAAGGGUCUUUCCCACUCGAAGGGUCUUUCCACUCCAAGGGUCUUUCCCACUCGAAGGGUCUUUCCCACUCGAAGAGUCUUUCCCACUCCAAGGGUCUUUCCACUCGAAGGGUCUUUCCCACUCAAAGGGUCUUUCCACUCCAAGAGUCUUUCCCACUCGAAGAGUCUUUCCACUCGAAGGGUCUUUCCCACUCGAAGAGUCUUUCCACUCGAAGUGUCUUUCCCACUCGAAGGGUCUUUCCCACUCGAAGAGUCUUUCCACUCGAAGGGUCUUUCCCACUCGAAGGGUCUUUCCCACUCGAAGGGUCUUUUACAAGCUGUGGAUGUCGGCAUCGUUAUAA